AUGCAAUAUGAUUCAGUUCGUGAAUCUGGUUAUUCUGAUGAAGCUGUGCAAUUAUUAUGUCGUGCACCACAGAUUUACAAAGAUGUUAAAAAACAUCGUUAUGAUACAACUGACUUAGUUGAUUACUUAGAUAAUCUUUUGGAUGGUAAUGGAAUUAACAAAAAUACUGCUGAAGAAAGCCUAGGAAUAACAAAGAUUAAUUUAUUACCUAAUGAUCAAAAUUGUUAUCGUCAAACUAUUUGGGACUAG